AGCCCAGCUCAGUGUCGCCUGUGUCUCCGGUGUGAAACAAGCAGUGGAGAUCUGCCCCUGGAAACAAAAAAGGGGGAUCAGGGUUGUUUCAUUGUUUUCCUUUAUCAGCAAAGGCAAACUCUCAGACUGAAGGAUUACUCCUGACUCUGGCAACUCUGAGUUUUGUUUCUUCUUUUGUGUGAAGGAAACGUAUGAAGAUCAGAGCGCACAUGGAUCUGAGCUACAUCGUGCUACUCCUGGUCCAGUGCUCCCUCAACAAGAUGCUGGUGGAGGCAACAGCUAAAGACGCUCACAAGGAACCAGCGAAUCAUUCAGUGAACCAUGGAGAUCUGUUGAGACUGUCUAAAAUCACCAUGGCCCAGUACAGAUGUUUCCAGAGGAUAACAGAGUCGCAGCACAAAACAAAAACGACUGCGGAGCCGAUGUGCAACAUGACGUGGGACGGCUGGCUGUGCUGGGAUGAAACUAAAGCUGGCGUUAAAGAGCAGAACUGUCCAGACUACUUUGAUGAUUUUGAUACACACGUGAUGGCUCAAAAAGUUUGCACAGAGACUGGAGAGUGGGCACGGCAUCCGGAGAGCAACAGGACGUGGACCAACUACACAAACUGCAAAGCCAACUUCACACAUCACGGAGAGCAGGCAACAAUGACUCACUUCUACUUGGUUAUGAUCGGUCACGGACUUUCGCUGCUGUCUUUGCUGAUUUCACUGGGAAUUUUUUUCCAUUUCAAGAGUCUGAGCUGCCAAAGGAUAACUCUCCACAAAAACCUCUUUCUCUCCUUCAUACUUAACUCGAUUGCGACCGUUAUUGUGCUCACAAUGUUAGCGAAGCAAGGACACAAAUAUGCUGACUCUAUAAGCUGCACACUGAUGGAGUUCAUCCAUAUGUACCUGAUGAGCUGUAACUACUUCUGGAUGCUUUGUGAGGGCAUCUACCUGCAUACUCUGAUAGUUGUGGCUGUGUUUGCAGAAGAACAGCAUCUCCUUUGGUAUUAUCUGCUGGGUUGGGGCUUUCCAAUCAUGCCGGCAGUGAUAUACUCAAUAGCGCGUAACUUUUACUACAGUGACAAGUGCACCAUAAACACUUCCUUGCUUUACAUUAUCCAUGGACCCAUCUGUGCUGCAUUGGUGGUGAACCUUUUUUUUCUGCUGAACAUCGUUCGGGUUCUCAUCACCAAGCUGCGAGUGACACACCAGGCCGAAUCCAGCCUCUACAUGAGGGCUGUGAGAGCCACCCUCAUUCUCAUCCCUCUUCUCGGUAUCCAGUUUGUCCUGCUCCCAUAUAAACCUGAUGGCCACUCUGAGAUCUAUCACUACAUCAUGAACAUCCUGAUGCACUACCAGGGUCUCUUGGUUUCGACAAUAUUCUGCUUCUUCAACGGGGAGGUUCAGAGCAUUCUCCGGAGAUACUGGAAUCAACAGCGGAUGCAGUUUGUCGGUACUUUCGCCAACGCUGACAUCUUCCGCUCGGCCUCCUACGUGGCGUCGUCGCUGACCGAAGUCCACCGAUGCUACAGCAUCGAGAGUCACACUGAGCACAUGAACGGCAAGAGCUACUCAGACAUAUUCCGAUCGGACAGCCCUUUCGUGUGAAGCUCUUCAGGUUCAUGACUUACUGUUUUGCUCUCCUCCCAAGGUUUUUGAGAAAUAACACAGGUAUUUCUUCCAUUUUCAAAGCAAAAAACUAAACCAAAAGACACCCUCCCAUAUUUCACUUCAUUAGAAGGACUGUGAGAACAAAGACUUAAGAUCCUAUGAGGAUAAUGCCAUCAAACAACAAUAAAGUGUACUGCACUGUGCAGAUAACCUAGGGAAUAUUUCUUUUUUGUAUUGUGCGGAUAUCUUUUCUGGGCAUUUUCAAGAGCUUGAUGGAAUUUAAAAGUAGACGGUAAACUAAGUGAAAUACUGCUUCCUCUAUCAUCACUCCUUCUGACACUUCAAGUUUCAUGGAGGAGCUCAGUGUCGCAGCUGUUUGCUGUUAAGCUGAAUAGCGAGCAUGAAGAGCAAGAAGUUUUAUUUAUAUUAUUUGUAGUGGUUAUCAAUGGCAUUUGUAAAGUAUAUGUAAAAUAACGUAAACUAAAAUAGAAACGGAUAAAAAGACACAUUCAAAAAUAACCUGCUCGCUUUGCAAAAUGUCAAUUAUGCUUUAGCUGUUUGUCAAAUAAAGAUAUGCGGCAUGGGACGAGGACUGAACUCAACUUUGAGGUAAAUUUUCUAUUUAUGUAGUUCUUGUUUUCUGAGUGAGGUCCACAAAAUAAUUUUGCCUGGCUUGGCGACAGCUCCAGUCUCUAUUAAGUUAAUACUUAAUAGAUAAGUAUACUGGUUUGGCUCACUGUUGUUGUAUUCCAAAAUGCUGGAGACGUGAUUGAUAUGUUUGUACUUAAAUUUGAUUGUGUAUGAAUGACAUGUUGUAAGGGACUUAACAUAAUGUUGUUUUCAUUAGUUUCAGUUAUAAACCAUUUGUUGUAUAUAGCAAUAUUGUCACAUAAACUCCUAACUUCUGGAUCACUUAUUUCACACAAUGCACUGAUAAUUAUUGUCAUUCUCACUGUUACUGUCAUUUAAAUCAAGUAAAUGGGGGGAAACUGUAUAUGUCUGAGGUUAAAAGACAAAACUGUCCUGUAGAGCUGCUGGUUCUGGCCUUUAAAAACAGGAAGCACCUUUCCACUGCAGGUUUUCGGUGCAGGUGCAAGGUGGCGUGAAACUUUAUAGGACAACAUGGGGGAAACAACAAUGAAAGCCAAUAGGUUUGUCUAGGAUCACAAGCGUGAGGCUGUCAUGUAGAAGUCGACAGCAUAGCUCGCAGGUCUGAUAUAAGGAAAAUAUAAUUUUAAAAUGCUUUAAACCUGAAUUCUUUUGCAAAAGAGUUGCAAUUGGUUGAAAAAAGUGUUUCCAGCUCUAUUGAGGCUUUACUUAACUGCCAAACAUGUGAUGCAUGGCAAUGUAGAGUCAGAUGGCCCCAGCCUAGAGACCAGUUUGCAACCUCCUUGCAACCACAAUGCAAACUACAGGUAAUUUGCUCGUGACAAUCAUAAGGAGGGUUUUGGUCUCUCUUUGUGAUCGAUUUCACCUGGCAGCAGGCAGCAACCUCCAGUAAUCACUCUCUAACCAGUGGGGAAAUCUAUUUUUUUCACUUGCAACAGGCGGUUGUGUCCAUGUAGCAGAUAAUUCUAGAGCAAUGUGAACACAGAGAAAUCUUUGGGAAAUCAGCUCUUGGCUGUUACAGUCUACAUGGUGAGUUUUUGUUUGAGUUGCUUGAGAGGACACACAGAACUUUGCUGUUCUUUAAUUUUAUGCUAGAUUUUUUUAUAAUGGCAUUUGUUCUGAAUUUAACAAAUAAGGACCCUCAGCAGUUUUCUAGAAGUAUUUGCACUGGAGUGGGUACUUUUUGUGGGAAAGUUUAGGGCAAUUUAGUUUCCAAAGGGAACAAAUUUUCCUACCAGUGUCUUCUACAACUUAUCAAUUAAAUCUUGCUAAAGCAAUUCUAAGUAAUUUUUUAAAAUAUUGCAUGACAAUGAAUCCUCUAGUACGCAGUGCUUUGUGUCUCAGAAGAACAAACUGCACCUUGCUGUUAAAGAAAUCUUUGACACUGGCUUAUAUUAUAACAUUUUAUUCUUGGAUUCUCAGCUUUGAUUUCUUGAAUUAGUAGUUUGGGAUUUGCAAAGUACUUUUUUGGUGAGAAUGAGAAGACUGACAUACAUGAUUGUGUUUCCUUUGUAAAUAAUAAAUAAUAAAUAUCAAGCUGAAAUAUAGCUAGCUAAAGUUAGCUGGUAGCCUAAUGGCUAAUUUUUGACAGAGCCAUGCUAGGUGUUCGAUUCCCUGAUGAAGCUAACCGGCUAAAAUUCCUCUGGCCCUGGUGGUUAUGGCUACAUAACCAUGGCUACUUCUCAUCUCUGCGUGAGUGAGAAAACAUGUUGUUUCAAAAACUAUGCUACCAGGUGAUUACCAUGAAAGUUUCCUUACAAACAUAGCACGCUAUACUGGUCAUAAUUUGACAGGAUUGCUUUGUGGUCACAAAAUAUCCAGAACGCAGAGAGAUUUUUUUUGCAAUGUAAGCAGUCUAUAUAUGAUGUAUUUUACAGGCCUUUGAUGUCACAUUAGUCAGAGUAAUGUUUUUAUAUUAGGUCUCAGUCACAGACCAAGAGACCAGUUCCUGACCCCCUUGUAAACUCCAGUUGCUAGGGAAAAAUGUGUAUUGGAGAAUAGUUGCUGGAGGUUACUUGUCGUUGCUAGGUGCUGCACCAAAAAAACCUCAUCACAAUUUUGGCUGCUGGCAUAAUGCCACAGUCAUGCAUAGUUUGAAUGCAAGACGGUGACCUGAACACUCAUCAACUACUAGUCGAGAGCUGGUAAAAAUCUGAAAAAGUGCAACACAAACAGGAAAUAGAGAACAUUCCCCUUCAAAGUAAAAGUUAUGAAUUACCAGCUUCAACUUAGAAGACAAAUGGUUCCAUUUAGCACUGCACUUUUCACAGUUUUGGAGAGUAGUUGUUGAGUGUUUGCAGACUAGUUGGCAUCUUACAUGCACUACAAGUGAUUGCAACUAUCCGCCAGGGACUAUAGCAUAGAGAGUUUUUCAUGCAGCACUGCCGGUUGUUUCUCCUGCCAGUUGUCACCAACCACUUACCACCCUGUAGGGGAAUACACAUUUUUUUCUCAUGGUUCCCAAAUGGUUGCAGACUGGUCUCUCAGAACUGUGUGACUGUGGCCUUACGCCCUCAGAUCCACUGUUUUUAGAAUGUAAAUGUAGUGUAUUGACAACCUGACUGGAAAGCUGGUCUUAUCGUUUCACAUAAGUGUUACAUAUUUUGAAACUUUAAAGCAGAUGUAAAACAUGAAUACAAGACCAAAAUUGUUGUUUUGUGUCAGAGAGAAGAGCUUAAGUAAUUUGGGCUGUUGUACAGUUUGUAUUUUGUGGCUUUUUUUCAUUCAGUUUUUUGUGAUUUAUUUGUUUUGUAACAUUUUUCUGGAUAAAUCCUAACAGCACUCAUUUAAACUGGAGAAACAAUGCUGUAAAUAAAAAUAAGCUGAUGUAAACUGAAA